UACUCUCGCGAUACAUUUUACGACUGACGCGGAAGUAAACAAACGAACAUGUGAACGAUGGAGCCUGUUGUGUCAACCAAUUUUCACUCAAGAAAACAAAACCGAUCUGACAUUUUAAAACAAUUCCAAUCGCGGUAUUUCGCUACCAGUCGCCUCGUUUCAUUCCCCUGGACGCUUUUAGAAAAUGAGCUUGAACGCAGCAGCUCAUCUGACAUCAUUUUAGAAAUCCUUAAACAGACGUGUCUUCACGCCCUGUGCCGUAAGUUUCCGCCGUCACCGCGAUACAGGAAGUGCUUUCUCUCUGAGCUCAUAAAACGGGUGGAAGCCGCAGAGUGCGAACCUCUUGAUGAGCUCUAUGAUGCUCUGGCAGAGGUAGUGGCGGCCCAAGAUGUGGCAGAGGGAUACCGGACCUACUUACUGCCGUGCGGGAACAGCGUCAGCUUGUUGGAGAAUGUGGCUUUAAUCUCAGAGGGGACAACAGGUCUGGUGACAUGGGAGGCAGCCCUCUACCUAGCCGAGUGGGCCUUGGACCAUGCGCAGAUUUUUGCUGGAAGGAAAGUUCUGGAGCUGGGCAGCGGUGCGGGUCUGACCGGCGUCGCUGUGUGUCAUUCGUGUGCUCCUUCCUCAUACGUCUUCAGUGAUUGUCACCAAAGUGUCCUCCAGAGACUUCGAGACAACUUGAGCAUCAACGGACUCCUCAACAACAAAGCAAACACUAGCAGGACAGAAGUCAGAGUGCAAGAUCUGGACUGGACGGAUGUGACGGAGGAACGCUUGAAUGACAUCGGUGCAGAUGUGGUCAUAGCAGCAGAUGUGGUGUAUGAUCCUGACGUGAUUGCGGUUCUGGUCCAGCUUCUGUCCAAGAUCCUGAAGCGUGGUGGUGUUCGGGUCCCCUCUGAGGUUUUCGUCUGCUCUACUGUCAGGAACCCGCAGACGUACACCGGGUUCAGGCACAGUCUAAGUGCUGCUGGGAUAGGCCACCGGGUGAUGAGUGGAGCUGUCAAUCACGUCUUUGAGUACAACAGAGAGUCUGAAAUCGAGCUUGUUCAAUUAUUUGCGUGUCAAUAAAGUUUUUUUAUUUACAAAA